AUGAUGGCCCCCAGUGGCUGCAUUGUGUUGUGUUUUUUAUUAAGUUGUGUGUGGUUGGUAUCAAGCUGGUCUUCAAGUAAUGUUGAUGGAGUAGGUGGUUCUGACUUGUUGCCCAAGUCACUUUGGGCAGAAGAGCUGUCACUCUCCCUUCUCCCAUCCUACUACUCCUCUCCAGAUCUCUCUAAAGACCCAGAUGUCUGUAUUCAACUUCUACAUGAAUUUGCCAACAGCAGUGCUGCCCUCAGUGGGUGCUUGGUGAAGUAUGCAAGGCCAGUGCGAAUAUGCCAAGGGUGCCAUACAGAAUAUGUGUAUCUGAAGGCGGUCAUGGAUAAGAUUACAUCACAAAAGGUGUGUGGGACUUGUCGGGCAUAUGGGGCACUUAACACAUGGCAAAUUGUUUUCUACUGCACUGUUUGAACCUUGUAUUUGUUACAUUCUUAAAGGAACUUGCCAAACACCAUAACCACAACAUCACACUGUAGUGGUUAUACAGGAGGAAUGCCCUGCUGCCCCCUCAUGUAAGUAGUAACUUCUUACCUGGGGUGUGCCUGGUGCCGCUUCCUACCUCCUCUCAGCAGCCCAGAAGCCUCUGUAUAAAAGGUUCUGCUUGCUAUCCUGAGCUAAGCCCUACUGAUUGCUCUUUGCCAAUUGGCUAAGCUUGGCACUGAAGAGAAAAGGCAGGGAGAGGCAACCGGUGGACCCCAGGUAAGAAGUCAAACUAUUCAAAAACAAUUGGACUUACCUAUAAUGGGGAAAGGGGAGCAGAACACGUUUUAGUGGUUAUGGUGCUUUGAGUGUUUCUUUCACCAUCUGGCGAUUGUGGGUCGGACAGUUUUAACUAUUCAUAUACCUAAACCUUCAUUAAAAGAGCGUGACAAGAGCAUCUUAAAAUGUUUGACCGGUGGUACUAACAAGUGUAUUACUGGUUGGAAUUGAUCUGUUGAAAUAUAUCAAACCUUAAAUUUCAGAUAUCUAAGAAAUUGAUGCAAGUAUUUACACAUGUUAAAUUGCUUAUUGUGUUUUAUUUCAUGCUACGACCCCCAUGAACAAACUGUCUUACCUUAUUCACUUUUACACUUUUUUUUUUUUUUUAAUCUUCAUACAUAGUUAUAUUUCAUGUUUAAGCAAGCCAUAGGCAUUUUGUUGGUAAUCUUGAAUUAUUUUGGUAUGUCACCUAUGGUGCUUGUUCAUGUGGUGACCUAUGUACUCAGUCAUCCCAUUAAUAGUUUUUACCAGCUACUCUUUACAUGUCAGAUUCCCUUAAAUCUCAUGUGAUAAAUUCGAAUAGUGUAAUGCUGGUUUUUUUUAUGUUUUGUUUUUUUUCCCCUUCUCUUUUCUUGUCAUCAUAUUGAUGUGAUGCGUAUUUCUUUCCCGCUGAUUCAAAAUACAAUCUUAAAGAACUUAGAAAAUCUAUUUUUUUGUUUUUAAAGCUUGACGUAUUCCUUUUAUUAUUAGAAAAAGGUAAAAAAAAUAAAAAUAAAAGCAGUUAAGCUUAUCUCUAAGCCAGUGUCCUCUCUGCAGCCAAUAUGCCUUCUGUGAGAUCAUCAGUCAUAAAGAAUUAUUGAGAGGCCAUAAGGAGCAGCAGUUGCCAAUCCAAUACUCCCUAUGCAGCGCUAGUAGCGUCAGCUAGGAUCUUACCUGAGCAGCCACCUUACAUGCUCUGUGUUGCGAUGCUUGGGAGAGCAGAAAGACUGCCUGAGGGAGGGCACAAUACUUAGAUAGAAUUGGAUUCUCUGUUGAAAAAGAGCACGAGUUAUAAACCGCUUGACCGGUGCAGGUAGCUUAGGGAAAAGUUCUAGACAAGUUGCACUAUAAAGAAUUAUGUACUGUGUAAUUUAAAAGCAGUCAACGCAGAUAUUACACUGGUAUAAAAUUAAUAAUUUUAAAAAACAACAUGAUUUAUGUAUAAUAAAACCCUGUCGCACCACCUAUGACAUUCCUACUAUAAAACUCAAGUUUGCUUCAGAGAUUAGUGAAUAAGCCUGUGUGUGAGCAUUUUUCCCUGCACAAUGGUGGAGUCAGCAUUUUUAUUUAUAGUACUGUGUUCACUUCACAAGGAAAGAGGAAGUUCCUGCUUCUGGCUGCAAUAUUUCUUUAUUUCAGAUGACAUGCUAGUUUCUCUGGAAACAGGAAACUGUUAGUUUGUCCAGUGAAAAUUGAUUUCCUUAAUUUCUGAAGCACACAGGCAAUGCCUAUAUUCCAUGCAGGAAAUCCAAGGUAUAAUCAUGUUAUGUAACUAUCAGCCCUCCACAUCCCAGAUGUGAAUAUCUUCUGCACUUCACCCCUGUGAAUGUGCAUUGAACAAGGAGAUCUUGGUUUCCAUCACCUUCCAAUGCAGAAUGCAAGAAGUAGAAGUAGAGCCAUCAGUGAAGGAAAUAUGGAGGGGGAUAAAUCACCCCAGCCAUGUUUUUCAAAUAGUAAACAGCAGUGAUUGUGACAGGAGUGCCCUGGCACCAUUCCACGGUCUUGGAAGCAAUGGUCUGCCUCUUACCUGGGUACCACCUGGCGCUGAGCCUCCUAUAAGGCUGUGUGAUGCACAUCUGGCUUCUGUAGAGCUGCAGAAAUGGAUGCCAAUCCUGAUGGCCAUUUGGCUGGCUGAAAGUGUCAGCUGAGCAGUCUCAGCCAAUGAAUGAUUCUUUGUGCAAAGAAUAUGAACACAAUUGACAUAAUCCAACCCGUAACAAAAUAUAUUUCAAAGAGCUGGUUAUCUCCUCUACAGAUAACUUUUACAACCAUUAUAUGCCAAAUAGACGAUGCAAAAAUAUCAGUGGAGAGACCUUUAUUGAAUAAUUUAUUUUUUUCAUGAGAAAUGGCACAUAUAAUAGUGAGGUCAGAUAGCAUAUGGUAGCAUAACGGAUCACCUGACACCCCGACUUGGUACCUCUGCCAAAGGACCGCUUCCUAGCUGGACCAGGGGACAAACCACAGCACUUCUUGCCCUCAGUCGCCAUAGCUUGACUGGGGCCCUGGAACCGCCACCUCCCUCCUGGAGCCGAAAGGGAAAUUAGCUCUGACACCUCCAGGCACUGGAUGACACUCAGUCCUGGGAACUCUGGAACCAGAGGGGGAAUUAGCUCUAGUCCUUACAAGGACUUUCCCCGUUGACUCCCCUGCAAGCUGGUACAGCAGACACAGGAGCAAAUCUUCUUUCCCUCCAAUAACUGGAUGACACACAGUUUUGGAGUGUAAGCAGGAAUCUCAAGUUUGAUGGGACACACUGGCCUUUUAUACAAUUUUCCAGGCCAGAGGAACACCCCCUGGACCUGAUGGGGUCACAGGAACACAAAGGACAUAAACAAAUCUGAACAAACAUACAGUCUGUCUCACGUCCAUGUACAGCACACAAUUCCUCCUCUCUGCUUAGGAGAUAAUUGAGUAAAGUCCUGUAAGUAACUCAAUUAUCUCCAGGCAGAAAAACCACAUUUUCACAAAGUUCAGAAAGUACCCCAAAAUCCCCAUAAAAGUCACAUCCCCUGAUAGCCCCGAUCUGGGUGAACAGCAUAUCCAAAAAUCGCCCAGAUCGGUUCAGGAAUUUCCUGGAAGUCAUCGUUUUUAUCGACCACAAGCAUGGCCCCAUGCCCAAAACAGUUCCAGGGAAAUCAGUGCUAACAGUCGGUCAAGUUUGGUAGUCUUUUACAGGUUUCCCUGCAGGGCCCAUAGUCUGUGCGCAGAAGGCUGGCAAGCAGGCUCCUCCAGGAGCUUGUGGCAAACUCACUUGAAAAGGGGAGUUUGUCACAGUGGUCUAUGUGGCGAAAGUAACCUCGCCAUUGGUUCUUGGACGGGCCUGCUUGCCAGCCUCCUGCCCACAGACAAUAACCCCUGCAAUAGACCUGGCUAAAAUACUUUAAACAGGCUCAAAACUAUUUCCACCGCAGUGGUCUAAGUGUUCGUCUGGGUGGCCGCAAUUCCUAUUGACCACCAAGCGGUGGAGGCCAUCUUGUUUGCAUGGACCAAAACCGCGAAUAGACUUCAGGGGGACUUAGCCUCGAAUGCCCUGGAACUAUUUUCGGCAUUAAAACUUUGCGGUUCCCAGUCGGUCCUUCAGCAGCACUUAGCCGCGAUUCUAUGGAACUAUUUUCGGCUAUGUGACCAUGCCUGCGGUCGAUCAAACAAAAAUUACAUCUAAACACUCAAAAGCUCCAUUACCUUAAAGCCCAAAUUAAAUAAAUAAAAUAAUAUUCGAAAAGAAGCGUUAUUCUUUAUUUAAUUUGGGCUUUAGGGUGAUGGAGCUUUUGAGUGUUUAGAUGUAAUCUUUGUUUUCUAAUUUCAAAAGGGGGGGUGGCUUGAGGAGCUUACCAAGACUGCAGGUAGCCUAGCGAGUUUGUAUGAGUCAGACUUUACCUUUCAUCCAAAGGACGUUUGAUUUACGCAAUGAGAUGUUCAGUCAGUUAUUUUAACUUUCUCGUCAUUUUGGCAGACAGUAGAGUGAGUUAUAUUUUACAAGUACCUUUCUACCUACUCAGGGGUAUUCAGACGUAGUGAUGGGUUUAGACAUCUGUUUGGUAAUUACCAUACUUUGUCGUUAGCAGCAUUUAUGGUGAACAUGAGUGCCAGUUCUGCUCAUCUGAUCGUCUGGAUGUAUUCUCAUUAGAUUGACCUUAUCGUUAGUUACCUGAGUUGAGGGGAUCGUCUAAUUGUAGCACGACCCAUUCUUUACCGAGGUUGGGGAAGACUGACUCUGUGUUGGGUUGGGAGGACCCACACUUUAUCAGACUUCAUUUUUGCUCUGCUGCUCAUUCAUUAUUAUUUUUUUUAUUUUUUUUAGAUACGUUUAGGUAAUAGACCACUCUGCUUCUUUGGUAGCAGAUCAAUCAUUGUAUCUAUUUACAAGUGGAUAUAUACUCUUAAAAUUCUUUGGGAUGAGCUAUAUCUUAUGCUCAUAUUUAAGUAUUUCUUAGGGCAUUCAUGUCCUUUUAGAAGUGUUUCUAUGCCUACUAUGCGUCCUUUUUGACACCCUCUUUACCUACUCAGACUAGGCAUUAUACCUCUAUUGUAGUUUUCCUUUUUGGAUCAUCCCUGUUAGUUACCUUUAGCUUUGAUAUGGGCAUCUAUACCCACCCCACUUGAGUACCUAUUAGGUAGGAGACUAAGUGUUUUAGCUUUAUUAAUAAAUUAUGCUGUAAAUAUCUUUUUUUAGUCAUUAAGCACAUUUCUAUAGGGUUGUACGUCUUUUUCCUGGCACAAUACCCAUUUGGGCAUUUGUGUUGGUGAAUCAGUAUUUCCUUUUUUUUUCUUUUUUGUCUCUACAAUAUCUAUUAGGGUUACCCCCUGUGUACUAGUACAACCCGGUGACUUUCUUUUUUGACUUCGGGUUUCCUGGGGGGAUAUUUGCUCUUCUUAACCCAAGCCUGGGGUUUAAGGGCGGUACCCAACUGGACCCGGAUUCUACCUAUAGACAUUUCUAUGCAUCUCGUUUCUGUGCUCUCGUUUUUAACAUUUAGUAGACAUACCAUGAAACAUAUGUCCAAGCGAUAAUAGAGGAAUUCUUCACAAUAAAGCAAUGAUUUUGUUAUGGUACUGUCUUAUAUAGAAUCCUAUUUAGGUGUUGGUCUUAUUACAUACACCCUACCGUUUGCACGGUUAUUAAUGUUGGGACUUUGAUUUAAUUUAUUUUUUUCUAUAUUGCUCUAUUCAUAGGUGUUACUCCAACACUUUGGUUCCUUUUUGGAACAAAACAAUUGAUUUCUACUUUAGGGUUAGGCCCUUAAAACUGGAGGACACAAUUCAAGGGCCCUAUUUGCUCUUUUUCUUUGUUAGCAUAUGGUCUAUAUCCUUAAAGAAACCUGCAUAGUUUAUAUUUGGUAUUGUUGAGCAAAUAGACAAUACCCUCUGAAAAGCUUAGUCCAAUAAACCAGUCAGAGACCGGAAUAGUGAAAAUAUAUGAUCAUGUCUUUAUUGUAAUAGAGGAGAAGCAGUUAAAACUAGUUCUGAGAGCUUACACAUGAAGAUCUUUGAUAUAUACAUGAUAACAGUGAAAGAGAAUUAAAAUAAAUAAAAAAAAACAUGGAUUUUAUCUUGGCAGGCUUGGCACACUCCUUUCUUUCUCUAUUUUCCCAACAGGAAAGUAGGCUCUUCUAACUGGUUAAUUCCUCACAGUGGGAGUUGGAAACCUCAGUUACUAACAGUGAAUGUUUUGUUACAAAAUUAUACUGCUAAGACAACACUUUUUCCUAUUAACCCUUCUAUUACCAGACAGCAAGCUUAUAUAAUAUAUCAGUUGCAUUAUACUGGUUUGUAUUUAAAGGGACACCCCAGGCACCAAUACAACUUAAUCUAAAUUAGGUUGUUAUGGUGCCACUUUUUCCUCAAGGAGUUAAUCUGCUUUUGAAUGGUUUAACACCAAAUUUAAUCCAGUGCCCAGCCUAGAGGGCAUCAGGUGUCGCCGGCCACAAGAGAUGCUGAUUGGCUGAGAGCAGUCAGCUGACACUCUCAGCCAGUCAGUGACUCCCCAUUCACAAAACUGGAGUGUCCCUUUAACCGUUGCAUAAGUGUGUGUAUAUAUGUAUAUGUUAUUAAUCUCUCAUUAAGGCUCUUAGCAUGAUAUUUGUCAAAAUCCCUACUCCCUUUAUUUUUAUUUAGGUUAGAAUUACUUGAGCAAUCACCGCACAUGUGCUGUGGUUACAUAUGCCAAAAUACAUAACAGCAUUAUAAAUUUUCAUACUCUUAACAUGGGAGUGCUAGUAAAAACUGAAUAUAAUUAUACAUUCCUUAUUAGGCAAGUUGUUCUAUGCUAACAAUAUGAUUAGUUAUGGAUGCCACAGCAUUCAUUGGCGAUGGAACACAGAACUAUCGUUUUAGCUAGUUUCCAAAGCUUUGCUGAAAUUCUCUUUCAGAAUGUAACCUUGAGAUAGCAGACAGGAAGCUAACGAAAAAAAUCAUUGAAGCUAAUGAGAGGUCAUAACAAGCUGGGAAACAAGGACAAUAGAUGAUUAGCAGAAAUACAAAAUGAAGUCUAGGGUACAAAAUGGAAGGCCUGCUGUAUAGUGUCUUAUUUCUAUCAAUACCUACUUUUAUUCUUUCAGCGAAAUAACACUGUAAAGCAUAUAAUUAGGAGGGAUAAGGCAAGUGGAUUUAUAAACAAAGUCUAGAGUACUUUCUAGUCCCAGAGUAAAAGGGGCAAGGCAGUGUUCAGAGUACAUUAAAUUAAUAAUCUGCCUUGUGCAUGCAUCCUUAAAGAAUCAAAGUAGCAUAAUGUGUGCCAUAUUAGCAAUGUAAUAAUAAAUUAUUCUUGUACUGUUCUAGUAUUUCUUAGCAGUUGUGCUAAUUAACAAUGAAAAUGCCAUAUUUUUUACUUUCUUCCCCAUAACUUGUCACUUUUUGUUAGGCAGUCUUGACAAACAUUAAAGCGGCGUUGUCACCUUCUGGGGACUUUGCUGAAUUCUCAAAGUUCACCUACCAUGACAUCAUUACUGGUGGCGCGAUAACCGUGGGGAGGGGGGAGGACGGGCUGGUAAAGGUGAGAUUACUUACUUGAACCUGUCCCUUGAGGGUGCUCCCAUUUUUCUUGCUCUGCUCUUCUUCAAGUCGACGUCACCACUGUACUCUUGCACAUACGCGAGAGUACAGCAUUGAGGUCUAUGGGGGAUCUCGCUCCAUAGAAACAAUGGGUGACGGCUGUCUGGAUAGACUCUUAUACCCUCCCUUGACUGAAUACUACCACAGAUAUUAAAGGACCACUAUAGGCACCCAGACCACUUCAGCUUAAUGAGGUGGUCUGGGUGCCUGGUCCAGCUAGGAUUAACCCUUUUUUCUAUAAACAUAGCAGUUUCAGAGAAACUGCUAUGUUUAUAAAUGGGCUAAUUCAACCUCUAGUGGCUGUCUCAUUGACAGCCGCUAGAGGACUUCCGCGUUUUUCACUGUGAUUUUCACAGUGAGAAGACGCCAGCGUCCAUAGGAAAGCAUUGUGAAUGCUUUCCUAUGGACUGGCUGAAUGUGCGCGCGGCUCCUGCCACGCAUGCACAUUCAGCCGGAGAGGAGGCGGAGACCUCCCCGCCCCGGCGCUGGAGAAAAAGGUAAGUUUAACCCCUUCCUCCCCCCAGAGCCCGGCGGGAGGGGGACCCUCAGGGCACUAUAGUGUCAGGAAAACGAGUAUGUUUUCCUGGCACUAUAGUGGUCCUUUAAAUAAAAUGUCAAGGUCCACCAAGACACCAAAAUUUAAAGACUGUAUCUGUGAAGGUGACUGAACAUUUUCCAUUAUAGUUGUUCUCCGACAAGGUCACCUAUAUAUUCAGAUAUUUGUCACCGCUUGGGUUUUCAAUGAUUUUGAGACCACAAGUCAAGGAAAUAGUUUCCUAAGAGUCAGUCACCAAGUAUUCUUUAAAAUCAAAUGUUCAAUCUAAAGUGUCUACAAUGUUUGUCUGACAUAUGAGGAUCCGUCCAGAUCUGUUUUAUCAUUUAAUUAAUACAUCCAUUAUAGAUUUAAAUGAGCCCUCCAAGCACCAUAGUUACUAAAUCUGCUUUGUGCUUUUAAAGAUAUGCAGCAUUCACCAUUGCCACAAUGACACACUGCAAUGGUUAUGGUGACAGGAGUGCCCUGUCAUCCACAUAGGUUCAAAAGUCAAACCGUUUGCGUAUUGUGUUAGUUAAUGGUGCUUGGAGUGUUCCUUUGACUGCAUGGAUUCAGUUUUAAAUCACAUUCUAAAUUCACAAAAUUAUUUUUAUAUUUAGUAAACUUAGCAUUUUUACAAAACAUCAUAUAACCCAAAAUAGCAUACAGAUUUUUUAAUUUACCAGUCACAUGGUGAUGGAUAAAACAAGUUUUAUGCCUGUUUUAUUCAUGUGGUGUUUUUUUUUAUUUUUGUUUAUUAAUUUACUAUACUAAAAUGUCUAUAUGGAAAUAUAAGACUUUUGUAUACAUAACCGGUUCCAUGUCCAUGUGACAGUAUUGUUUUUGUAAUAUUAACAAAAGUACUGCCCCUACAAAUCUAACAAAACCACAUUUUUAUUUCUGUCUUUUAAAGUACCCACUGAAUAGUACGUACAGUUGUGCACUGAGUCUCCUGCAGUCAGACCGGGUCCACAUGCUUGUGAGCCUCAAUGAUUUCUUUGAUUACACAUGGGAUGAUUGCAAGUGUGAAAGUAAGUAUUCCUCAAGCACUUUACACUAAGUAUGUUUUCGUGUUCUCAUUUUUCUUCAUUAAAGAUUACAUUUGGACCAUUAAACUUGUCCUUCUUCCAUCAGAAGAGACUUGUAUAACAUUAUCUAUGUAUUCAUUUUGCUAAUGGCUUUACAACCCAAAAAUGAAGAAUCUUCAAUAUUGAAUAGAUCAAGCAUGUUGAAGAUGUCAGAUGCAAUGGAAAACCCAACAGUCUGAUUCUUGCUCAACAUCUAGCAUAUUGUGACACCAAAUUACAGCUGUGAGCAAAAGUCUUACAAAAAAUAAAUUUGUUGGGUUAAGCAAUAACUGUUAGAAAAACAUCACACAGAAUAGAAUGCACAGGCCCAACCAACCCUGUUUUUGCAGGACCUGUACCGACUGUUCCCAUAUGUCCCACUUAUGAAGACACCUGUGAACUUUCCCCAACAAACAUCGUUGGGCACGGCUGCACUAUGCUCAGGGUAUUAGGACCUUGCAGAGAGUACUGAAACUGUUUUCACUGCAUGGUCUGCCCUUGGUGGGCUGGCCUACUUGAUCACUGCAGACUGACUUAUCAGUGCUAUGGCCAGACCUGCCCCCUAUGGCCAGAGCCAGUGACACAAAUUGUGUCAUUAACCAGCCACUAGUAUCUUGCUUCACAGAACACUGAAGUUGGGAGAUAUGAAUGUAGAACAUAGUGGAAGUCCAAACUUGAAAUAUUUGAUUUUAUUCUUCAGAUGCUUGGAUCUCCCUCUGCCCCUAAAAAUAGUAGCACUUUAGCUGUUUAUCAAACACUUUUUUUUUAUUUUUAUUUUUUUUAUUAUUUAUUUCAGAGAAAACCACAACAACUUUUACAGAAGUUGUCCUCAAACGUAACAGGGUAUUUGUCUCAUUUGUCAAAUAUUGUAUAAUGUGAAAUAAAAAAGUAGGAAAACAGUAAAUUUUUACAAUAAAAAUAGGUAGCGAAAAAGAGGGCAGGAGAAAAUAGUGGUUACCACCGCGAUGAGAUCUAAUGCGUCUGAUUAACCAUAUUUAAGCUGAAGAGGUGAAAUUCCACCAAGGAUCACAAACUUAGUAGAAAGAGGGUUGUAUGUUACGCACCAUAGCAGCCAGCAGACAUCCUUACUUGGUUUUAAACCUAUAAGAAAUCUUUUUAUUCAUCCUUUAUUUUUACAGAAUACUUUUUUUUUUUUUUUUUUUUAUGCUCAGAUAAAUGGUAUUAAUGGUAAAUAUCUGGGUAGGCAAAAGACUUUUGUAUAUUCGUGUGUUGUAGUUGCAUGAAGUUGUUUUUGUUUACUUUUUUUUUUACUUUUUACUUUUUUUUUUGUAUUUUGUAUUUUUUUUUAGGUUGCUUGCAGAACAAUAACACAGAGGUACGAGACACUACCAUAGAAUUUAUGGGGCUGUAUAAAGAACUGAACACAUGCUUUAUUCAGAACAUGCAGAACAUGGAGGUAAUGCUUUUUAUUUAAAAAAAAAUUUAUUUAAAAAAAAUAGUUCUACCAUUUUGUACAUUGAACAAAUUUUUAUUAAAACAGAGAGGGUAAGUAGGGUGAAUCUAAAGUUGUGAAAGGCGUAUACAUGCAGUGCUUUAUUUCAUAGGUGUGUAAGUUUAACUUUGACAUUUUGGUUGAGACCUGGUGAAUGCCAACUGCUAAUGCUGUCUAUAGACAGAGUGAAAGGCUUUUGAGGCUAUUCAGUUGUUGAUAUCACUCUAUUCAGAUAAGCAUCCUUUGGCAUCAAAGCCAGAGUGUUGAAGUCAUGGGUGAAGGGUUUCCAUGCAAGGUAGACAGUGUUGCAGGUGGCCAAAGCUAGGUGGGACUGAGAAGUGUGUAUUAACUUAACAGUGCCAAAGACAAUAAAAUAUAUAUUUUAUCUUCAUGAUAAACUUUAUACGUUGCUCUGGGAGCUGUUCUCAGGAGCUGCACAAAUCUGCAUUCAUAACUCUAUAGUGUCCUGUCCUUUCUCCUAUCCAGGUCACUGACCUAGUGCAAUAAAGAUUUAAUAAAGUGAGAUUUUACGCACCUUUUUCCAGCCCUGAGACUCCCCUCGUAAGUACUUCACUCUCUGUCUCCCGCAAUUUCACCGAUGAGGCAUGUCCAAUACAAUGCUCCUCAUAGGGUGGGGACUUAUUGCACAUGCUUAUGCAGAUAGUGAAUACAUUUAUUUCCUUUUUAGUUUCCAUUUUUUUUAAGAUAUAAUUGCUGUAAAACUCAGUUUGUUUCAUCUCUUUAUUUACAAAUUGUUUUCAUUAAUAUGGUUUAUUUUAUUUCAGGAUCCUCCAUUUCAAAUACCAGAGGGCAAUUACUCGAAAGUGUGCCAGAACUGUAAUGAGAGUUACAGAAGUCUCAACACUAAAUAUAGUAGCCUGGAAAAUUCAAAAGCUCUGUGCAUUGACUUGGAAGAUGCUGUGAGUAUGUUUGGAACACAUUAUACUUGUCAAUUGGCCAUGUAUAAAUGUUUGCUGUAGCACUCUAGAUACCUUCCACGUGUAUAUUUUACGUCACGUAUUGAACCUGGUUGGUCUUUAGGUACAGUGCCUUGCAAAAAUAUUCACCCCCCUUGACUUUUUUUUUUUUUUUUACCUAUUUUGUUACAUUACAGCCUUAAGUUCAAUGUUUUAUUAAUCUGAAUUUUAUGUGAUGGAUCAGAACACAAUAGUCUAAGUUGGUGAAGUGAAAUGAGAAAAAUAUAUACAUAAAACUAUUUUUUAGAAAUAGAAAACAGAAAAUUGGCAUGUGAGUAUGUAUUCACCCCCUUUGUUAUGAAGCCCAUAAAAAGCUCUGAUGCAACCAAUUACCUUCAGAAGUCACAUAAUUAGUGAAAUGAUGUCCACCUGUGUGCAGUCUAAGUGUCACAUGCUCUGUCAUUACAUAUACACACCUUUUUUUUUAAAGGCCCCAGAGGCUGCAACACCUAAGCAAGAGGCACCACUAACCAAACACUGCCAUGAAGACCAAGGACCUCUCCAAACAAGUAAGGGACAAUGUUGUUGAGAAGUACAAGUCAGGGUUAGGUUAUAAAAAAAUAUCCAAAUCUUUGAUGAUCCCCAGGAGCAUCAUCAAAUCUAUUUUAACCAAAUGGAAAGAAUAUGGCACAACAGCAAACCUGCCAAGAGACAGCAGCCCACCAAAACUCAUGGACCGGGCAAGGAGGGCAUUAAUCAGAGAGGCAGCACAGAGACCUAAGGUAAUCCUGGUGGAGCUGCAGAGUUCCACAGCAGAGACUGUAAGCCGUACGGUCCAUAGAGUUGGGCUUUAUGGCAGAGUGGCCAGAAGAAAGCCAUUACUUUCAGCAAAAAACAAAAUGGCACGUUUUGAGUUUGCAAAAAGGCAUGUGGGAUACAUCCAAAAUGUAUGGAGGAAGGUGCUCUGGUCUGAUGAGACUAAAAUUGAACUUUUCGGCCAUGAAAGAAAACGCUAUGUCUGGCGCAAACCCAACACAUCACAUCACCCAAAAAACACCAUCCCCACAGUGAAACAUGUUGGUGGCAGCAUCAUGCUGUGGGGAUGUUUUUCAGCAGCCGGGACUGGGAAACUGGUCAGAGUUGAGGGAAAGAUGGAUGGUGCUAAAUCCAGGGAUAUUCUUGAGCAAAACCUGUAUCACUUUGUGCGUGAUUUGAGGCUAGGACGAAGGGGAAACAUGUAAAUGUGUUGGAAUGGCCUAGUCAAAACCCAGACCUCAAUCCAAUAGAAAAUCUGUGGUCAGACUUAAAUGAUUGCUAUUAACAAGCGCAAACCAUCCAACUUGAAGGAGCUAGAGCAGUUUUGCAAGGAGGAAUGGGCACAAAUCCCAGUGGUAAGAUGUGGCAAGCUCAUAGAGACUUAUCCAAAGCGACUUGGAGCUCUGAUUGCCACAAAAGGUGGCUCUACAAAGUAUUGACUUUAGCGGGGUGAAUACUUAUGCACAUUAACCUUUUCUGUUAUUUUGUCCUAUUUGUUGUUUGCUUUACAAUUAAAAAAAAUCUUCAAAGUUGUGGGCAUCUUCUGUAAAUUAAAUGAUGCAAAUUCUCAAACAAUCCAUGUUAAUUCCAGGUUGUGAGGCAACAAAACACGAAAAAUGCCAAGGGGGGGUGGGUAAAUACUUUUGCAACUCACUGUACUGCUGUUGGCUUCAAUAUUAAAGGGUUCGUCUAAUGCAAAUUUGCCAAAAAAAAGUAGUUCCCUGUUAAAAUGUACCUUGCUGCACUGCUUUGUUGAUUUGUGACAAACCAUGUGACUUCCACUCUGUAAAUUGUCAGAGAUUAAGUUGUUGUUUCACCCAACAGAAUAGAAUGCACAAUUUUGGCUGUGGUUUAAGUGUUUCACCCAGUGAAUCAGAAACCAUUAACUUCCUGGGAUUCUCCUACCCCCCAAAGCAAUCAGCACAUUUUGGCACAGCAACAUUUGAUCAACAAAGCAAGCCACAAAUACUCAAAUGUUGAAAUUGACACACUUUUAUAGCAAUGGUGUGCACAAGGGCAUACCUAAAUGUAUAGCACCUGUCAUGCUGGAGGCCCCCACCUGUCAGCCAAGACAAGGGAAAUGAGACUACAGUGGGAAGUCAGGGAGACGGCAACUAGAGCUGUAUUUAACCCUGCAAUAUAAAUAUUACAGGCUUUUUUAAAAGCAAUGUUUUACAAUGCAGGCUUAAAAGGACAAGGCCAAACGUGGUGAUUGAGGAAUAGCAGAAAAAUGCCAGAAAGCUUAUUCACAAAAGCAUCCAAAAGUUUUUGGUUUUUUUUUCCCCCAUGAAUCUUUGUGAGUUUUCAAAGAGUAGGGUAACUUGUCUGAAUCACCCUAGUAAGUAGAAGUGAAAUAUAGAAGUGAGAGAUGAAUGAAGGAAUAAUAUCUUUUUUUAAUUUAUGCGCAACUGUAUCAAGCGCAGGAACAGAAUCUUGUAACCAGACCUAGGCCAGCGAUCACAUGGCAGCGAGGGUGAUUUUGUUAAAUAAUGUUUGCUCAGCAAACCCUCCAUGUGUUUUGCUAACAUGUAGAACGAAGAGUCAAUCAUUAAAGCUUAAGUUGUUUUUGGUGUUUAGUAGAUCUUUAAUCUUUUGAUUGAGAUGUAUGUUAUGAUUGCAUUAUAUGCAUCACCAGCCUUUUCUUGGCUGCUUCUUGCUACUGAGUAGUAUUCCUGUGUAUGUGUGUGUGUGUUUUACAUUGUUGCCAUCCUGCAGGAGAAGGGAUAAUUGUUAUAUUUCGGUAUUUCAGAUGAAUGGUACUCGAAUACUUUGGAGCAAAACAUUCAACUGCACUGUACCCUGUACGGACACCGUUCCAGUGAUUGCUGUGUCUGCGUUCAUUCUGUUUCUACCAUUCAUCUUCUAUCUCAGCACUUUCCUGCACUCUGAGCAAAAGAAGCUAAAACUUGUCUUACGUAAGUAGCUAUUGUAAUUAAUUUUUUUUUUUAUAUUUUUUUUUACUGCAUUCUUAAACAACAAAUGUGUUAAUGCAGUGUAAUAAAGGAAUUAUUUUUUUGUUUGAGCAGGUGAUGGCUGAAUCCCAUGAAAAUUUGUCCUAAAGAUUUUGAAUAAUGCUUUUGUUUUGUUUUUUGUUUUUUUUUUUUAUUUUUAUAUUAAGGUUUAUUUUUAUAGUUUAGUUUUGUAUUCAAAAAAUGCAGAAGCCCCCCACUUCACUUAUCCACUUACCCUUGAUUGAUAUCACCUUGUUAACUAUAUAUAACACUGCAGAGUGAUACUGGUACAGCUCCAUGCUUGUAUAACAUCAUUAAUUCAGAGUUUUAUACUUUUUCCUUGUUGCUGUUUUCCUGUUGAUGUAUAAAAUUCUAAAUAAAGAAUUGAAAACAAAUGUGGAAGUUUUGUACAUAAUAUAGUUCUAUUAAAAUACAUGAUACAAUUUCUCUUCCAUAUUUACUUAAAUUGGGGCACGUUAGGCCGACAGACUCAGGCUGUCAUAGUUAUCCAAGUUUGAUGGAAUCACACAUUUUGGUAAUACUGAAGUGUAGUUUUUCUGCAUAAUCAUUGUAACCGAAGAGAACGCGGACUGUGGGUCCUGGGGUUCAUGAGCACAGACAUUCAGCUACAUAAUCACUACAAUGAGCUAUAGUUACUAUGGUUAUUAAAGGUAUACAUACUCCACUUAUUCAUGCAAGAUAUAUCCGAUUACAACAGGUAAAUUGCACCAUAAAGGGUCAUUCCUAGAACAUUAUCUCCUCUGUCACAUACACAAAACAACAAACACUGAAGAUGACUGCAACUGUCAAAUUAUACCAAAUAAUAACCACUAAUUUCUAAAGAUCACAAAAAAAAGUUUUGUGUUUUAUCCUAUGUGGCUGCAUAAAUAUAAUCUACAUAAAUGCAGAAUUAGAAAAGAAAACGUUUGUCAAAAUUGCAAAAAUUGUGCACUUUGGUUGUACUAUGAGGAUACGACUAAAAUAAAUAAAUAAAAGCAUAAUCGUGCAUGUCAAACACAAAACAUUUUAUAGUGAGAAAGGAAAAAUACACUUGACUCCGUGUAAUCAAACUGAUGUCAAUACCAGUAUUUGGACUAAAAUUACAUUAGAUGCUCUGAUACCUAUUUAAAAAAAUAAAAAAAAAAAUCUCAAAUCACUAUUACAAACCAGAAAAAAAAGCUUGACUACUAGUAUAAACAUAAACUGCUAUAACUCCUGGUUAGUUUUAAGUACAGAGUGGGCCUAUGGAGCACAGCAACGACACUAAACUUCUGUUCAUGAGACCUAUAAGUGUGAGUGUGGUUAUAAUUUUCUCCAACCAUUGUAGUCCCCUGCUGUCAGACUGCAGGUAAUAAUGUGCAGGCUGUCCUAGAUUCAGCAGCCUCAAUAGAGUGUGUGUGUGUUUGUUUUGCCUACUGUUGCAUCAUAAAGGACCAAUACAUUUUUUUUCCCCUAGUAAAUAAUAUCCGUUUACAGAAUAAAUUAAUAUUUGUCUUUCUAAUUUUAUUUUGAUCCAAUGUAAUUUUUUUUUUUUUUUUCCCAGCCAAGAGAUUUGCAUCAAGUGCGAGCUUAGCACACAUACAGGAUCUCAAUAACUGA